AUGUCCCAGGGCCCGGUGGAAACUGUAGAGACUUUUGGAUAUAUCAAUCUCACCAUCGACAUGCUGAGCAAGGACGAUAAUAUCAGCAAGUAUGCUUCUAAGGACAUGAGAGACAACAACGUCGUCAGAGAAAUCAGAAUGCUGGCUGGCGAGGUUUUGGUGUCUCUUGCUGCACAUGAUUUCAACUCUGUCAUGUAUGAAUUACAAAGUAACUUCAGGAUCCUGGAGCUGCCCAAUGAAUUUGUUGUGCUUGCCCUGGCCGAGCUGGCAACCAGCUAUGCGUCCCAGAGCAUUCCCUUCAUGAUGAUGACCCUGCUCACCAUGCAAACCAUGCUCAGGCUGGCCGAGGAGGAAAGCAUGAAGGGAGCGUUCUGCAUCGCCCUUGAGAAGUUCAGCAAGGCCAUUUACAAGUACGUCAACCACUGGAGAGAUUUCCCCUAUCCCAGACUGGAUGCCAAGCGACUAUCUGACAAAAUCUUCAUGCUGUUCCGGUUUAUCAUGGAGAAGUGGGCGCCUAUGACCUCACCCAUACAAACUUUGCCCAUCGUUAAGGCCCAUGGCCCCUCAGUGAGCCUGCUGCUCCAUCGGGAAGACCUCUGUGAAUAUGCCCUGGGCCAGGUACCCUGGCUCCUGAACCAGUAUAGUGACAAAGAGAUUGAUUUCCAUGUCACCCAGAGCCUGAAGCAAAUACUGACUGCGGCCGCCCUGUAUGAGGUCGCCCUUCCCAAGGACUUGAAGAGAAGCAUCUUUGUCAAUCUACUCCACCAGGUGUGCAGAGUUCCAGAGCCUCCAGAGAAGGAAAAUGAAAUGGAAGCUUCAAGCUGUUUCCUCAUUCUAGCCCAUUCCAAUCCUGCAGACCUGAUGGAAUUUUUUGAUGAACAAAUAAGAAGUAAUAAUGAAGUCACUCGAAGUGGGAUCUUGAUUUUGUUACGAUUGGUUAUCAAAGCUGAAGAGCCCAACUUGAGGAGUCAUAUCACUUCAAUCGAAAGAACAGUCAAAGUUGUCAUGGGUGACCUCAGUAUAAAAGUAAGAGAAUUAAUGGGGAUUUUUAUUCGUUCGGUGGUAGUUUUAGGAGACAAACCAGCGAAGCCUACCUCCCAUGAGGAUGAAGCAGGAGAGAAAUCUGUCCGAGCAACAAGCCUCGAGGUCUUAAAAAGGCUGGACCCACUGGUCAUUGGGAUGCCUCAGGUGCUAUGGCCACGCAUCCUGACUUUUGUGAUACCUGCCGAAUACACGGGGACGCUGGACUCCCUGUUCAACAUCAUCCGAAGCCUGAUUAUGGCAGAGGAGAGAAAGAAGAAGAAUGCCUCAGAGUCAACAGCCCUUGUCAUUUCUACAGGAGUUGUGAGACUUCCUUCGCCACAACAGCUCCUGGCCAGACUUCUGGUGAUAUCAAUGCUCGCCAGUCUAGGAAAAUUAAGCGGGGUUGGUGCCAUAGGACUUUUGAAGCUACUGCCCGAGAUAAUUCACCCCAAAUUGACAAACCUGUGGAAAGCACGCCUACCUGAGCUCCUGCAACCUCUGGAAGGAAAGAAUGCCAGCAUCGCGCUAUGGGAAGCCAUGCUGCUUCAGUUGCUCAAAGAGUCUUUAUGGGAGAUCAGUGACAUAGCCUGGACCAUUCAGCUGAGUCUGGAUUUCAGUCAGCAAAUGAGCAGUUACAACAACACCUCCAUUGAGAAGAAAUUCCUUUGGAAGGCCUUGGGAACCACCUUAGCAUCCUGCCAGGAUACAAACUUUGUAAGCGCACAGAUUAAGGAAUUUCUGGUUGCUCCCAACCAACUUGGGGAUCAACGACAGGUGAUUUCCUCUUAUGACAAUGGCAUUUGCAUUUUCAACGCAAGCAUUAGAGCAGAGCUGACUGUAUCCGGCUCCAAGGUUCUGGGCAUGUCUGUGAUGAACAAGGACAUGGAUCUGCAAAUGAGUUUCACAAGAAGUAUCACGGAGAUUGGCAUUGCUGUCCAAGAUGCUGAGGAUCAGGGGUUCAAGUUUUCCUACAAAGAGUUGCUGCUCGGUUACAUGCUGGACUUCAUCAGGGACGAGCCCCUGGAUUCCUUAGCUACCCCUGUUCGGUGGAAAGCCUUAAUCGCCAUCAGAUACCUCAGUAAACUGAAACCUCGGCUCUCACUGAAUGACAAUCUGAACAUUCUGGAAGAGAACAUCCGGAGGCUGCUGCCCCUUCCGCCUCUGGAAACUCUCAGAAAUGAGGGCGAGACAGACAAGGACAAGGAGCACAUCGUUUUCCUCUACGAACGGUCCAUGGAUGCUCUAGGAAAGCUGCUGCGGACCAUGAUGUGGGACAAUGUGCGAGCCGAAGACUGCCAGGAAAUGUUUAACCUUCUCCGAAUGUGGCUUGUUUCACAAAAAGAGUGGGAAAGAGAAAGAGCCUUCCAGAUCACCGCCAAAGUGCUGACCAACGACGUGGAGGCACCGGAGAACUUUAAAAUCACCUCGCUGCUCGGCCUCCUGGCCCCGCACUCCUGUGACUCCCUGCCCUCCAUCCGCCAGGCCGCAGCCAGCUCGGCCAUUGCUCUGUUCUAUAUACAAGGUGCUCACCUGGAAGUGGAAAGACUGCGGGGAUUGCAGGAAGGCCUGCAAUCUAAUGACGUGCAGGUCCAGCUCAAGAUUUCUUCUAAAAUAGCAAAGGUUGUGAGUAAGCUCAUCCCGAGUGGAGAGAUUCUCGUGUUCCUGGAGGAGACCCUGGAUGGUCUGGAGACCCUCAGCGGCCCCUGUGUCACGGCCUGCGGCCUGUGGAUGGUCGCCGCCCUGAAGGAGCAGGGAGCUGCCUUGGAAGAUCAGCUGUUGGAGAUCUUGGGCAUAAUUUACUAUCACCUGCCAAUCCUCAGGCAGAAGGAGGAAAGUUUUCAGUUCAUUCUGGAAGCCAUCUCCCAGAUAGCCAGCUUUCACACGGAGGCAGUUGUCGCCAACCUUUUACAGAAGCCUCUGCCCUUUGACAGGGACACGAAGACGCUGUGGAGGGCUCUGGCUGAGAACCCCGCCUCCAGCAGCAAGCUCUUGCGAGCCUUGACCGUCAAACUGGACAGCGGGUUAGAGGACGACCUGGCGGGCAUGGACGCCAUCUCAGUGGCCUGUGCUAUCCAGGAAGUGGUCUCCAUAGGCACCCCUGUGACCAGCUUGUACCCACAGCUGUUCACUCUCCUCCUGAAGCUGGUCAGCUGCACCCUGGGCCAGAAGAUGCCCACUGCUGCCUGGAGCUACAGGCGGCGGGUGAUGCAGCAAGGGGAGCGGCAGCAGAUCGCGGACCCCUGCAGGCUCUCAACCACAACUCUGAAGUGCGUGCAAACCCAAGCCAUGAGAGAAGGCCUGGCCAAGGAGUCUGACGAAGGGGACAACUUAUGGACACUGCUCCAUGGUCCCAGCACCCACCACAUAGGAGUGUGUGCACUGGCCAGGAGCAUGGCCGUGUGGCACCAUGGAGUCACGGUGGACAUCAUGGGGAAGCUCUUCCCAUCGCUCACCUCCUCCUCGGAGAACUACCGCAUAACCGGCACAGCGUUCUUCUCUGAGCUCAUGAAGGAGCCGAUCCUUUGGAGGCACUGGAACCUCCGUGACGUGCUGAUCUUGAUGGAUCAGAGCGCCUGGGACUCCAAUGCCACUUUGAGGCAAAUGGCCAUCCGAGGGCUCGGUAAUACAGCUUCUGGAGCCCCUCAAAAGGUGCGGAAGCAUAAGCAGCUAAUGUUAGAAUCUGUCAUCAGAGGGCUGUACCACCUGGCCCGCACCGAAGUCGUCUGUGAGAGCUUGAAGGCUCUAAGGAAGAUCCUACAGCUGCUCACAGACCGAGACGUGAGCUUCUACUUCAAAGAAAUAGUGCUGCAAACAAGAACCUUCUUUGAAGACGAGCAGGACGAUGUGAGACUGACCGCCAUUGCCUUAUUUGAGAAUCUGGCAUCCCUAACAGGAAGAAGGUGGAAGAUUUUUUUUGCAGAAGAAAUUAAAAAGAGCAUGAUUUCAUUCCUUCUCCACCUCUGGGACCCCAAUCCCAAGGUUGGAGCUGCUUGCCAUGAUGUCCUGGUGGUCUCCAUUCCUUUCCUGGGCCUCCAGGAUCUCUAUGGGGUAUUAGACCGUCUCCUUGACAGUCAGGAUCCACCAAGGGCCAGGGAUUUCUAUAGGCAAUUCUGUGUGAAACUGGCCAAGAAAAAUCAGGAAAUCCUGUGGAUCCUCCACACACAUUCAUUCACCUUCUUCAACAGCAACUGGGAGAUGAUCAGGAGUACAGCUGUCAAACUCACAGAUGCCAUUGUUCUCAAUCUGACCAACCAAUAUGUGGAAUUAUUAGACAAAGAACAACUGAUCACACGGCUCCAAGCACUUCGGCAAGACCCCUGUAUCAGUGUCCAGAGAGCAGCCGAGGCUACUUUGCAGACCCUCCUGAGAAGGUGUAAAGAGAUGAACAUCCUUCCAUAA